CGAUCCGUGUAAUCAGGUUAUUCAACCUUUGACCUUUACCCCUGGAAGCUUGGUUCCUUCCGCCAUUUUGCUCCGUGCGAGAAGAACUCAAUUUUCUCUAUCAUUUGAGACGAAAUUCAACUGAUUUCAACGCCACAGGAACCAAACAACGAUUCAAACAUAUAGGCUGAGCCAAGCAGUGAAAGAACCAUUAGAGAAGGCAUUUUGGAAACUAGCAGGAGAGAGAACGAGACAGGCACGAGAGAGCAACAGGACAGAGAACCCUCCACCAGCCGACAAGGCACUUUUAUCACAGAUCUUUGUGCAAACUCAUCCAGGACAGAUGGAAGGGCAAAGUGCACAGGAUGCUUUGGAUGCUGCGUUGGCUACAUCCCACAGAUGCGACCACUGCGGAUUCAGGGCGGCGUAUAAGUCCUUGCUAAUCAGGCAUAUGAGACAACAUACGGGUGAGAAACCCUUCAAGUGUGACCAGUGUGACUAUUCUGCUGCGCUGAAAGGCAGUUUAGUCUAUCACAUGAGAGAGCAUACAGGUGAGAAGCCCUACAGAUGUGAGCAGUGUGACUAUUCGACUGCACAUAAAUCUUAUUUGGACCUCCACAUGGCUUCGCACAAAGGUGAAAAACCCUUCAUGUGUGGAGAGUGCGGUUACAGGACGGAAUACAAGAACAGCCUAACCCGACAUAUGAGGAGACAUACAGGCAAGAAGCCCUACAAAUGCGACCAGUGCGACUAUUCUGCCGCACAAAAGAUUGUUUUGACCCGACACAUGGCUCAACAUACGGAUGAGAAACCCUACAAGUGCGGGGAGUGCGAUUACGGGACAGGGAACAAGUAUCACCUUGCCAUUCAUAUGAAAAAGCACACAGUCGAGAAGCCCUACAAAUGUGAUCAGCGCGACUUUUCUGCUGCGAAAAAAUAUACUUUAGAUCAACACAUGCCUAUACACACUGGUGGAAAACCCUACAUGUGUGGUGAGUGCGGGUACAGAACUGCUGAAAAGUAUAACCUAUCCCGACAUAUGAAGAGACAUACCGGUGAGAAACCCUACAAAUGUGACGUAUGUGACUAUUCUUCUGCACACAAAUACAGUCUUAAACUGCACAAGAAAAAACACACAAAUUAAACACCAUGUGUGGGGAGAGUGGGUACAGGACAGCUGGUUGGUCAACCUUGCUUCGGAGUAUUACUAUAGAUGUUUCACAUUUAAAGAACAAUGUAAAGAACUAUGUUUAACUUCUAUGUCGAUUAUGAUAGAAAAAUGUUAAAUGUUGUUUUGUGUAUACGCCAGCUCACGUCAGGCUUUUAGUGACUUAAUAAAUGAAUAAAUGGUGUA